AUGCUGAUUGGCACACGGCAAAACCUACAACAACUUCCCGAAGAUAUGACCAUAAACUUCCUCAACGAAACUAUUACCCCCGUCUCCUUUGCCAAAGAUCUAGGAAUGACAAUCGACUCUUAUUUGACAUAUGACCAGCACAUCACCAACCUGAUUUCCUCAUGUAUGAAUUCCCUGUGCCAAAUAAACCGAGUCAAAAAAUGUUUCGAUAAAGAAGCUUUAACUCUCAUCGUCUCGGCACUUGUAAUGAACAAAAUGUUCUAUUGUUCAACGGUUUGGUCAAACACUUCGUCUACCAACAUUAAGAAACUACAGUUGGUACAAAAUUUUGCAUGCAGGAUAAUAACAAAUAUUGGAAAGUUCGACCAUAUUUCGCCGGGCUUACGCGAACUUAACUGGCUCCCAGUAAAGGAACAAUUACUACUAAGAGAGGCUAUUAUGAUGUACAAAUGUGUCAAUGAACUUGCUCCACAUUAUUUGAGCGAUUUAUUCACAAAACGUUCUGACAUUCAUCAACGAGAUACACGUAGCCAUGACUCACUGCAAAUACCAUUGUACAAAACUUCUGCAGGUCAAAGGUCCUUUCAUUAUAGAGGCGUUACACUCUGGAAUGAUGUGGACAUAAAGUGCAAAAAGUUAGACUCCCUAAAAACUUUCAAAAACGAACUGAAGCGAAGCAUGCUAGAACAAAUAUAUAAGUAG